GUACCAAUAAAACGUCUACGUCGACGUCAACGCACCAAGAUAGCACUGGUUGACGGCUAUACUAAAUCGGAACCGUGCUGCUGCAGGUAUUCUAGAAGAAGUUGUCAAACAUCAAACAUCGUUGAGAGGCGCAGUUUUGAAAUUAAAAAUUGAAGUGUUUCUGAAUAGCUGAACAGAUCAGAGCUCAAUAUGCAGUUAAUUAGGGCGAGAUUUGUCAAGAUUUUACUCUUGAUCAUAUCCAUAAAAAUAUUUUUACUACUCAUAUUCAUCAGCUACUACGAUUCUGAUGAGCCCAGUCGGCGAUCUAAACGAAUCGUUUUUAUCAAUGAGUUGUUGAUUGACAAAAAAAAUGAGCCCAGCUGGGAGCAGAGAUUGAAAUUCAUACGAGAGGAGAUGCCCUCGUUCCCGCUGGAGGAACUGCUGCGAAGACCCUCUACUGAGCCCAAUUGCGGAAAAGUUCCCAAUUCUUUGGACAUUGAUUUCAGCAAUGACUAUUGGCAGACGGUUCACAUUGAGAACCUGACAUAUCAUCUCUUUGGUGCGUACUAUGACAACAGGGAGAAGAUUACAGAGGCGCCGCUUGUCCGAGUUUUAUCCAUGAUCAAUAAUUAUGGCGCUUGGGACAAGGUCAAGUAUCCCGACUCCUAUUGUCAAAUGUGGUUCAAGAAUCGCGUGGAUCCAGUAAUUGCUAAUGUAAGUGAUCAUAAGAUUAUUUGGUGGUGGGGCGGUAGCGGGGAAAGGCAUGUCUUCCCGACGCUUAUCAGCUGCCCCCUGCCCAAAACGGAAAAGGAGGUACCCGAAAUGGUGUCCCUGGUAGCCCAGCGCUGUGACAAAGCGAGAAAUCUGCUGCGGGUCAUUUACGAACCUGAUGUCAAAACGGUCGCCAUGCCACAACAGAAGGAUCAGGCGAUGAAGGAUCAAGAUAACUCAAGAAAGCCCCUGCGCUUUAUGGUGUGCGUAAAAGGUUUAGACUUCCCCUACAAGGACAAGUCUUGGCGUCUGGUUGAAUGGCUUGAACUAAUGCGGCUGAUGGGUGUCAGCAAGGUGGUCUUCUACGAUGGCCAGAUUCAUCCGAAUAUGACGCGUGUGAUAAACGAUUAUGUAACCAGCAGUCCGGGCUUUGUCGAACUGCGCCCCUUGUCGAUGGGUCGGGGAGAACCGCACACGGGAAGAAAUUUUCAUCACUAUGCGAUGGGUGCAGACUUCUUAAAUCGCAUACUCAACGAGAUGAUACCAUACAACGACUGCUUCUACCGCAACAUGUACAAGUUCGACUAUGUAGGCGUCUUCGAUAUCGAUGAAGUCAUCAUGCCGCUGGGCAAUAUUACCAAAUUGUCGGAUCUGAUCGAGCUGGCGCACAAGGUGCCCGACUAUGAACGAGAUGCGACGAAAUGCACGGCAUGGGCUUCCUUCUGCUUUCGCAACGUUUACUUUCCCCUUUAUCCGGAGAGGCCAAAGUUCUACAGGAACCUUCCCAGCUUCUAUUAUAUGCUGCAGCAUGUGGAACGCGUUGCGGAACACAGUGAUCGCUAUUCAGCCACAAAAUGUUUGCACUCCACGCAAUUUGUGGUUGGUCUACAUAAUCACUUUCCACUCUUUCAUGCACAAAAUGGUGAAUGCGAUCCAAAAUCUGUGCCCAUUGAGUUCGCCCAGCUGCACCAUUAUCGGGAGCCGGACAAUAAGACGCACCUCCUCAAUCCCGUUGUGGAUGACAAUAUCUGGCGUUUCCAGCCGCAGUUGCAGCAGCGUGUCUAUUCCCAAUAUGAGAAGCUCGGGUUUUUGCCCGACAUUCAACAAUUGAUUGACGCGGAGAAUCGACGUCGUAAAGACGAUGAGCAAAAACUACACGAAGCUAUCUCUAAGGCAUAGAUAAUAGUAGACCUAAUAUCAUGUACAUAUACUCUGUGAAAUUCGAUUAAAGGCACUUUAUUUUUGCCUUAUUAAAUUAAAAAGAAAAUUUGUAACAUUAACAUAAAA